AUGGCGGCAUGUCUGCUCUUCUAUCUCCUAAUCGCACCCUCGCCAGGUUUAUCCAGUGAUAUCAUAAGCCUUGAUGAGAUCUAUAGUUUAAUAAAUCGUACAUCGGGCCUCUUGGAGAGGAUGGUAUGUGAGAACCCAACUUCUGCAUUGUGCAAACAAUAUCGACAAGAUGGUCAGAUUAGCAGUAAUCCCAUGGCCCGUAAAUGGAUGGGCGUCAUUAAUGAGGUGGAAGUAGAGGUUCGCAAUCGGGAUGGUCUAGCAUUAUGGAACUACAUCACCAACAUGACAGAAUAUAAUAUCGAGGAGAAUCAUCGGAUUAUAAGUGUGACAGGUCACUUAUCAUCUCUGAUUCUCGACCAGACUAAAGCCAUUGAUGUGGACCAACCCGGUUUGGAUCCUCGAACAAAACGGAUGUAUGAUUUCUACGGUUCGGAUUUAUUUACAUUCUACGAUGCCAGUAAGCUCAGGUAUUUGGUUUACAUCGUUCUUUAUUUCUAUAUUAAUUUAUCUCAUACUAGGCCUAUCACAAUGGUUCUUAGAUCGUGGCCCUUGGGAAAGACCCGGCCGGUAGCUUAA